AUGUCUGCCGCAACCGCCAUGUUGAAUGGUGCGGUAGCACACGCCGGGCCAGCUAAUAGCAAUGGUGAAGAUGCCCAGUUGGCAAAUUCAGACAUGCAUGACAAGGUCCUUCACCAGUUUGCACAGUUUGAAACCUCUCGUCGCGUGAUUGCAUGCCUUGUCAACGAGGGCAUGAUUGGCGCUUCGGUUGACCAGUCCGGCUACCUCAACCUUCAUCAAAUCACGGAGUCCAAGGACUCCCAGAGUUUGACGAUACGAGUCGGUUUGACUGGAGAUGCGGCAAGAGAAUGGCUGGAGAGCACCUCGAAGCCCUACCUUCAGCCCAGCGAGCUGUCCGUGCCGAUCAUGAUCAGACGAGAUCAAGCCGGCCAUCCUAAAGAUGUGGCUGAGACCGACCCUACUGUGCUUUUCAGGCUGAUGACGCCUUGGUUCUCCAACAAGGCAACAAGUCAGGAGGCGGUAGACACAAUUAUCAGGCAGCUGAAGAGUUCUGCAGAGAACCAAGAGGAGUGGUUUCAUUUAGCCAAGAAACAGCACUUGCCGACCCUCGCCGAUCCUUCCAUCGUAUGGGAGCAGAGCAUCUUGACCGGACAUCCAACGCAUCCGAUGCACAGGAGCUGUUUCGCCCAAGACCCGCUGGAGCCAGUGUCGCCCAAGGACGUCCAGUCGCUGCGCAACCCGGAGAUCAGUUUCUUAGCUGUUCCAUCCUCCGACCUCCGCAUCACGGGAGCUUUCCAAUCUCGUCUUCAGCCUCUGCUGCAGAAGCUGGGAGUCGCCAACAGCAUCCCGGGCACAGUCACGGUACCCUGUCUUAAGCGUCAGAUCCCUGCCAUCAGGUCCCGCUUCCCGAAUGUCGAGGUACUGCAGUCUCCACCUGUCAUUGCGCGCGCCCAGGCCGCUACCAGGACAGUCUCCUUGGCUCCGGAGCUUGAUUCUCCCUACCAUCUCAAGCUAGCUCUUGCCUGCUUCAUCACCUCAGCUCUGCGAACUGUCAGUCCCUGGACUGCUUGUGUGGGUCCCGAAGCAGGAGAGGUGCUUUCAGAAGUUCUGCCUGAGGACUUGUGGGUUGCCCGCGAGGUCGCCAGUGUCACUGGAAGCGGCGCCGACUUUGAUGAGGCAAAACACAUUUCGUGCGUUCUCAGAGAGGACCUUGAGCCGCGGGCAAAUGCUCUCGGCGAGGCUCUCAUUCCCGCUGCUGCCCUGGCCGAAACAGACCUGGCCACCGGUGUCAGCAGCGCUGAGCGUGUCUUUGGCCUGGAUUCCAUGGAUAAGCGUCGAGCAUGGCUGCGAAGCUAUGUCUCGACUCUCUUGCGGCUGGUAAUUCCACCAGCCCUGGAGUCAGGAGUUGCGCUGGAGGCGCAUGGCCAGAACAUGAUGGUCCGAGUGAACAGAUCCACAAAGAAAGUGACUGGAUUCGUUGUAAGGGACUUUGGCGGCAUCAAGAUCCACAUGCCAACGCUCCGCGAGAGAGGCUACACCCUCUACAGCGCCUUACCUGAUAGCUUUGUGACCACCGAUGUCCGAGAAGAGGCUUGGGACAUCCUGCAUCACACACUCUUCAACAACAACAUCAAUCAUUUGAUCCAGUCGCUCGACCUGCAUCGCAACGGUGGCUGGCCCAUCGUGCGCGAGGAGCUAGACAAGGUCAUCAAUGAAUCGACAGUGGGCGCUCGCAAAGAGCUGCUCGAAUACCUUUCCAAGGAUCAGGUACAUUUGAAGUGUUUCCUGAAAAUGAAACUCGAAGGGCUUUACAGAGAUUACCUCCAUGUCUAUGUCCCAAACCUUCUCCUGACACAGUAA